CAAGUGAUCAUCGAGCUUGUUCACUCAGCCAUUCACAAACCCACCAAGUCUUCUGCACAUAUAUUUCUUCUCAUAUAUCCAUCAAAAUUCCCCCCCUCCAAUACUGGAUAAUAUACAAGUAACUUUGUGAAUCUCAUAGUACAAAACAAAGAAAAAACAUAUAUACAGAGAACCAAUUUCCCACUACCUUUGCUCUAUAUACCAUUUCAGUUAUAUUUCUCAUUCAAAACUGCAGGGGAAAUACAGAGCUUCUACAGAGUUUCUCGUUAUCUUCUUCACCGAUUCGUCGAAUCUGCGGUACUAAAGGAUUCGAAAUAACAUGAGAAUUUCUUUCUCUGCUUGUAAGCAAGCGCAGCCUCUGGUGGGUUUCCCCGGGGGGCUGCAUAUGGAUUCGUACAUACCUUGGCGCCGGAAGGAGAAGGUGGUGGUGGUCAUGGGAGCGACCGGCACAGGAAAAUCGAGGCUUUCCAUCGACUUGGCUACUCGAUUUCCGGCCGAGAUUGUCAACUCGGAUAAGAUGCAAGUCUACAAGGGUCUCGGCAUUGCCACCAACAAAGUCACCGAGGAGGAGUGCCACGGCGUGCCCCAUCAUUUGCUGGGGCUAGUGGAUCCUUACACGGAUUUCACGCCCUUUGAUUUCUGCCGUCAUGCAUCGCUCGCCGUUGAAUCCAUCUCCAGGCGGAAUCGGCUUCCAAUCAUCGCCGGCGGGUCCAAUUCAUUUAUCAAGGCUCUGGUGAACGACGACAUGGAAUUCCGGUCGAAAUACGAAUGUUGUCUUUUGUGGGUGGAUGUGUCUUUGCCAGUCCUGCAUUCGUUCGUCUCAGACCGGGUGGAUCGGAUGGUAGAAGCCGGUUUAGUAGACGAAGUUAGGGUGAUUUUUGAUCCAAGCGCUGAUUACACGCGUGGAAUUAGGCGUGCUAUCGGAGUGCCCGAAAUGGAUCAGUUUCUACGGAAUGAAGCAAAUGUUGAUGAUGAGACCAAAGAUAUGCUGCUCAGGGGAGCAAUCGAGAAAAUCAAGUCUAACAACUGCAAAUUGGCUUGUUGUCAGUUGCAAAACAUUAUGAGGCUACAAAAUCAACUGGAGUGGAAAAUGCACCGCCUCGAUGCCACCGAAGCUUUCUUGAAGCACGGGACCGAUGCAGAGGAGGCUUGGGAGAAGCUCGUGGCUAGACCGAGCACCGCAAUCGUGGACCAUUUCCUAUGCCAAGAUGACUUCAUGGCGGCCAUCACGGCUCCCGCCACCAUCUCUGCGGCCGCCGUCCUUGGAGCAUCUUCUGCCGCCGCAAUCGCGGCCGCAACUCACUAGUUGAGCCCACCCAAGAAUCUACUUUUUUACUGCAAAUAAAGUACGUCAAGGUGCCACGUGCCAUAUAAACAAGUACCUGCAUUUGGCGGCCGCACAGUUGGGGGAGCAAUUUUGAAAUCCGUGCUGCUGGGCCCCUGCCAUGCCAUUUAUACAUCGACACCUAUAUAUACAUGUGGCACGAGCCUAUUUUGGUACUUCGUAGUGCGGGUGCAUUGUGGGUUCGGUGAGGCCCACCAAAACUUUGUGCAAUUCUCCAAUAAACCUUCUGGGUCCUACCUUUGUGGACCCAUCCAUUUGUGACUCUUUGUUAGUUAGAGUGAGAGUGAGAGUGAGAGUGCAGUUUUUGGUUGUUUUUUUUUUCAGUGUGAGAUAUCUUUUCACAUGAGCUGUAUUAUUCUGAGUUACUAUUAUUAUGGUAUAUAUUUGCAUGCA